AUGGGAUCCAAACGAGUCAAGCCACCGUCGGCGAAGGUGGCAUUACCUUUCAAAACCGGCAACAAAUUUCGACGACAGGAUUUGCACGUCAAGCAAAAGAAGGCGCGCGACAGUUUGCGACGAGACGAACGGUUCAAGCGCAAACGAGAAGAAGAUAGAGAUCCAACAUUAAGAGCCGAGCGAUUAUCUAGAAAUAUUCCGCAUACGAUUGAUAAGAAGCGAGUUUGGGACGACGUGGACGGGGAUGGACUUAACGUCAGUGUGGAUGUAGAACAAUUGAAGAGGCGGCGCAUAGAGGCGGCAGAAGCUGCCGAACAGGAAGCCUUGGAAGGCGCGGACGAAGAAGCAAUAGAGGAUGAUGUGGACAGUAUGUUGGAUUCCGGCUCUGAAAAUGAGGACGACGGGGAUGCGCCGAAGCCCAAACCACGACCUCGAGCAGCUUCCACGGCCGCCUCGACGACUAGUACAAAUCUCGAUUUAACGCCCGAUUCUCUUGCGCUCAAGUUCCCUACACUCUUCUCAGACGAACCUCCGCCAGUUCCUAAAGUUCUACUCACCACAUCUAUUAAUUCUACCCUCCACCACGAAGCCGAACUUCUCUGCACCCUCUUCCCUCAUAGCACCUACAUUCGUCGUUCAGCACACCGUUUUGGUCACAAAUUCUCGUUACGAGAGAUCUCCAAAUUUGCAGCAAAUCGCAAUUAUACUUCUGUUAUCCUUCUCAAAGAAGACUACAAGAAACCAACAGGACUUACGAUCGUACACCUCCCAUCCGGGCCUACUUGCCAUUUCUCAAUUGCUAAUUGGGUCGAGGGCAAGAAACUGCCAGGACACGGAAAUCCUACAAAUCACUACCCAGAGUUAAUAUUGAACAACUUCCGCACGCCGUUGGGUUUAUUGACUGCGCGGUUAUUUCUGACUCUCUUUCCACCACAACCAGAAUUACAAGGCAGACAGGUUGUCACAUUACACAAUCAACGUGAUUACAUCUUCCUACGAAGACAUCGCUAUGUAUUCCGAGAUAAACGAGAAACAGAGAAGAGUGUCGUAGGGGCGGAUGGAGAGAAAGUCAAGGGGGUAGAAGAUAUUCGCGCAGGUUUACAAGAGCUUGGUCCAAGAUGUACGCUGAAGUUACGGAGAGUAGAUAAGGGGAUUGGACGAGCUGGCAGCGAGGGUGAUGAUGCUGUGCAAUGGCAGUGGAAAGCACAUAUGGAGAAACAACGAACAAGGUUCAAUUUGUAG